ACGAAAUACAGCUUCCCGCAGCGCUUAAUUAUCCCGCGCGGUGCCUCAAUUAUUAGCGCAGCGUCUUAAAUCAGUAAGCGAUUUCAUCCCUGUGAGAUACCUCAGGUAAAUAUCGAUCGGGGAAGUUUAUGAAUACACAGUGUAGCUAGCUGUUUACCGUGUACUGAUAAGGAUUUAAAGACGACACGUGUUGACGAAAGUCUUGUGUUUUCACAAGUUUGCGUUAACUGGAGCAGGAGUGAUUGGAUUAUAAUUAGUUAAAGAUUAUAAUUAGUCUAUGCAACGAAAUGGGAUAACAACUGGUGACGGCAGGCAUGGGCUCUUUCAUCACGCUUCUCCCUUGAAGAAGACCGGGCGGUUAUUGAUUGGGCAGAGGCGAAUCUUAGCCACCCUUACCACAGAUGAACACUUUGAGCACCAUGGAGUGGAUUGUUGGUAAUCUGUCCGAGUCUCACCCAAACCUGAGCAAAGUCGCUACAGUGGGACUGCUUCUACCAACCUCCACAGCUGAUUGUGAGAGAGGUUUCAGCAGUUGAAUGUGUAAAGACCACCCACCAUUCACCGGUGAGCAUGAAAGUGCUUAAUGCCUUACUCAUGGUGUCCAUGCAGGGACAAAAACUGAAUGACUUUAAUUUCAGUGGUGCAGUAAAGGAAUGGCACAGAGCCAAAGACAGACACUUACCGGUAUAUGAAAACAAAAAUGCCUAUGUGUUGUUAGUGUUAGUACAAAAGAAGUGGAAGGACAUAUGUGUUGUUCGAAAAUACAUAUAAAAGAAGUGGACAUCUGUCAUGUCUGUGUAGUGUAUAUGAUAUAUUGAUGGUUAUAUGAUUAUGUAAAAAUGUAGAAGUAAUGAAAUACAUGUUGUUGUGUUUUUUUUUUGCAUAUGGUAUACUUAAAAAAGCACCAUUUGGGUUCGAUUUUUUAAAAAAAAUCGAUCACGGGAGGGGAAACCCCUUCCGCACCCACCCCUUAUCCCGCCACGCAAACUUUACCCCGGCGCCUUAAAAAUUUCUGGGGAAGGGCCUGGUGAGGGAUUAUUAUUUGCGGAUUUCGUGGUUGCAUCAGUCCACGAAAUUAAACUCUAACCGAAUCAUUAACAUUUCCAUUCAUUUUAAUUUUCAAUUGUCAAAAGCCAAGAGUUUAUGUCUAAACCAUGAAAUUUCGUGCCAACGAAGUUAAAUGGUUUCACAGUAAUAUAUAUCCAUUAAGACAGAUAAAAAACUUUCAACUAUUUGAACAGACCUGUAAUCUAAUCUAAACUGCCCGAUUCGUAUACAUGUUCUCAACUUAUUCAGGUUUACAUACGAUAUCAUCGCUCAAAACAAAUGAUAAUUAUUGGUUAUAAAGCUAUAAAUACAAACGUUCGGCCAAAAUAAUUCUUGUCUAGGAAGACUUUUAUAUGUGUUUGAUCUGCUGAUUGAUAAAACAUAACUGCAUGGAUAUAAUUAUUUUCUAUCAUAAAAAUAAAAUAUAUGAUUUACAAAAAAAAUGAUGGAAAACUGUCGGUUUUAAUAAUGUGGGAGAAUAAAAGUGUUAAAAAUGGCGAAAACUAACCUCGAGCAAACGUACGAGCUGAAAAAUUUGGGUAAACAUUGGCUGACACGUAGAGAUGGAAAGAGAUUUAAAAGAUGUCCUGUGUUAUCAAGUGCAAAAGAGGUAGAUUUAUUUGACAACUUCCUGACUGCGGAUGACAUAAUAUAUGAGAUUCAGGAAGAUGAGGCCGGAGAAGUGGUCUUAGUGAAGGUUGAAGACACCCCCGUUCUUGACAAACAACAAAAUAUUGAAGAUGAUUUGGAAAAUGCUAAUUUGCAACGCAACGUUGUUGCUUGCAAACAAGGGGAUACGUCUGGUCAACAAGUGGCCUUUCCGAAGGAAUCAAAUACCAAACAAAAGAAGAAUACAAAGAUAAACAACAACACGGAACAAAAGCCAAGUGAAUUUACAACAAGUAAUGACAAGCAAAUAAACAAACAAACUGAAAAAUCGGUGUCUCCGGAAACGAAAACGUCCUUCCCCGUUACGAUUAUUUAUGAAAACCAGACGUCUGGAGAAAAUAAAGAAGAAAAGGACAGCGACAAUUCUAACAAGUCAGAUAAUUGCAUAGGUAAAAGUAAUAGUCAAAACGAGGAAAAUGAAAAUGCAUCAAAUCAGUCGUUUUCUGAUAAAACUGCAGAUGAAACUCCCGAAGAAAUUGAAGGUGACAAAACAUGUGACAUAGACGAGCUGGAGAUGAUUACCACUCGCUUGACGCCGGACAAACAGAGGAAACAAGUAUGAUAGAAACCAUCUUUAUAAAGGAUGUUACAGAAACCAGUGCCAGUGAAGGUGCAGCUGCAGACGACGGGGCUACCUCUGACAUUAAAGAUGAAAUAAAACUAAUGAAUGAAAUGGUUUGGGAAGUGAUAUCUACUCGGCAUUCAGCAGAACUAGGACAACUGAAGGCAAAGUUUCUUGAGUUUAAGUAUACCAGUGGUACAUUAUGUGUUACUGCUGCUGGCAAUUCAAAUGAAUCGGAACAGCAGUUACGUAGACUGAGAAGUUUUAUUGAAAAGUUCAAUAACAAAGAAUAUGAAGAAAUUUUAGUUGAACCUUCAGAUGUAGUUUCAGCAUGGUGUGAUGAAAUUGAAAACACACUUAUGUGUGAAUGCUGCAUGUAUGUACCUGGACAGAAAAAGGUAGUCACGUACUGUAAUACAUAUGAGGACUGUCUGAAGGUAAAGCAUUUAUUAUUAGUGAAAAGUGGCAGAAUCAAGGCUUCUGGAAUGAAUAAAUCUCGGAGAAAGAACUCUAGUAAGCAGACUUUAAACAUGAAAUCAGAAGAAGGCACGAAAUCAGAAAAAAAUGCUGACGUUAAUGAAAAAAAUAAUGAGACUAACGUUGAACAUAGAUUACUCUGGGGAAAGGAUAAAGAAUACCUUAAAUGUUUUAAGACCAAUGAAAACUUAAAAGUCUACAUUUGCCAAGCUAGCAUACUGAACCUAGACGUCGACUGUAUCGUUAGUGCUUCUAAUCAAAAUCUGUCACACGGAGGGGGCAUUGCUGCAGUCAUUGCCAAAGCAGCUGGUGUUGCUUUAACAAGAGAGGGAGAUGAGUUUAUAAAAAGGUAUGGCUCGAUACCGGUAGGCAAUGUAUGCACUACAACAGCAGGGGAGCUGCCUUAUAGAUAUGUGAUACAUGCUAUUGGUCCAACAUGGUCAGAUUACCGUCCACAUACAGAAGAGUUAAUCAAGCGAUGUGAAACUGAUCUUUACAAUGCUCUAUAUAACAGUUUUGUGGAGGCGGAGAGGAGAGGAGCAAAAUCUGUUGCUUUUCCUGCUAUAAGUUCAAACAUCUUUGGUGUCCCUGAAGAUUUGUGCGUGUAUCUAUAUUCAAAAACAAUAUUUGACUACAACCGAAAAUCGGUCGGCCUAUCGAACAGUCUCAGUGAGAUACAUUUUGUAGACAAAAAUGUUACUAUACUGCAACAGGUCUGCAAGGUAUUCGAAGCUGUUCCAUUGUCAGGGCGUAUAGCAGAAUAUGACAGAAGCAAACUUACGAAGCCAAUUGAAACUUUGGAGAUUGUAAAAGCGCGGCAAAAUGAAUCACACAUAAAGUGUACACCAUUGAAUAAUCUGAAAUUGGCGGAAGAGGAUACCUUUACCUGGAAAGUGGACGCGAGAAAUGUGCAAUAUUACAAGAUAUCCGAAACGUUACAUGUGUAUGUUUAUCAAGGUAACAUACUGAAAUUGCGAGUAGACUGUAUUGUAAAUGCCGCUAAUGAUACAUUACAACAUGGAGGAGGGGUGGCCUAUGCUAUUGCAAAAGCAGCUGGAAGAAGUCUGACAGAGGAAGGUGACAAGUAUAUUAAAAAGUAUGGCAACAUUCCAAUUGGGCAAACAUGCGUUACAACAGCUGGGAACUUGCCGUAUCACUGUGUUAUUCAUGCGGCUGGCCCGCGUUGGAGUGAUUAUUACCCGCAUGCCAUUGCGGACGUCAAGAAAUGCGCGGAUGAUCUGUAUAAUGCUGUGUACAACAGCUUUCUGCAGGCGGAGAAAAGAAAACAAAGAUCAAUAGCUCUCCCAGCAAUAAGUUCAGCAAUAUUUGGCGUCCCGGAAGAACUCUGUGUACAACAGUACGUGAAAGCAACAGUUAAUUACGGUAGACAAUUGAAAGAAGGAAGCCAUGCUCUCUCAGAAAUUCACUUCAUUGACAUAAAACAAGAUAUCGUUAAGAAAAUCCAAGAGGCGUUCCAGAUAAUCGUCGUCGAAAUGAGACAGUAUCCACAUGAUACGAAAAUGUUUGCUAAAAGCAGACCAAAGGUAUAUCGGAAGAACUAGAUAUGCACAAGUUUCUCUUGCCACAAAGCUGUGAAGCAGUUAUCAGAUAUAAGAUAGCAUACACAUUUCCACAGAUAAAAUGCGACUCUGUAAAUUGUUUUAAAAGAUUAAAACAAACAUUUUGACACAUGACAUGGGAUCCCCCUAUUGCCCGACAAUGGAAAACCGUUUGCUUUUUCUGAUCUGGACACGCAUUUGUAACUGCACCAUCCCGAGUAAAUAGGAGAGUGGCACUAUGGGCAGAUAACCAAGCAGGAACUGUUUUUACUUGGUUAAACAAACGUUCAUUCAGUGUUAUUUGACAGAUGUUUCUAUUGUUUAUCAUGUAUCUAGACAAUUUAUUGUAAAACACGUUACAAACUAUUUUACGAAGAUCUGCAGAUAAGAUAGUGCUUGUGGAAGGGGAUGCAAUAAGCUUAGAACUUGGUUAAACAAACGUUCAUUCAGUGUUAUUUGACAGAUGUUUCUAUUGUUAAUCAUGUAUCUAGACAACUUAUUGUAAAACACGUUACAAACUAUUUUACGAAAAAUUAUACUGCUGAAUGGAAGAAUACAAAUUGCUGAUAAGAUAGUGCUUGUUGAAGGGGAUGCAAUAAGCUUAGAACUUACUGUACCUAUAAAACAGAUUUGUGUGUUGAGAACUAUUGCAAACUUAUUCUCCCUCCUUCUCAUAGAGUAACAUUUAGUAAGUGAACAGGCACAUACGAAACAAAUGCAUGUUUUGAUACUUGGUAGCAAAUUCACAAAGUUGUCACUUUUUAAAUAUGUCAGAUUUAGAUAACAUUAAAUUCAUUUUUUACUAAUCAUUCAUUGAUAAGAAUUUAUUCAAAACCUGCCACAAUGUUUUAAGUAGAAAAACGUUUUAUAGGUUUAAGUAAUGCCAAUUCAAUUAUUUUAUUGCGUCACAGGAAGCAGGUGCUAAUCAGUUCAAAUACGGUUGGCCCUUCGAGAAAAUUAUUGUCGUUUUGAUCGUUUGUACAUAAUAACUUAAAUGUGCAUAGCAGUUUUUUUCCACUUCUGAAUUGUAGCAUUAUUUAUUACUUUAAUGCCGCUUUUAACAAUGAUUAGCUGCUGCUGUUGUUUGAUAUUGUGGAUAAUUAACAAUUUGGUCAGUAGUGUUUUUACUCGUAAUGUAUUAUCUUAUAAAUUAAUUAUUUCAAUGGCAAUGUAUUUCAGUUUACUAAUUUUAUUUAAUUUGGAAAUUCGAUGUUUGUAAUACAUUGAUGAGACUUUAUUAAAGAUAAAAACGGUUGUUUUCAAAAUUAAAUUCACGGUCCUGUACCUUUAAUUUGAUUAAGUUAUAAUCACGAUAUAAAUUAACAAAUUCAAUUAAAUUCUGCAAUUUAGAAAAAAAAAUCUGUCGAAAGAAAAAUGAUGAAAAUAUUGAUUCCAUUUUGUAAAUUUUACGUGAUGUGAUAUAUUGAUGUUCACGUAUCUCAUAAGGAGAAAGACAUACGAAGCAUAAUUAUCCUGAAUACAACGUAUUUACAUUUACAUAUGCCUUAUAUUGUCAAUAUUGAUUUCUGUAUGUGAUAAAAAUGUCAUUCUUAAGAUGAAAUAUAAUAGAUGCCUUUUUUG